UUUGAAACCCGGCGUUCAACGCUUCGAUUGAUCCUACGACAUCUCGAUGCAUGGCACCACCGGUACGUGCAUGUAUGCUCUGAACCGAACAUGGGAAGGCCGCGCGGGUAGGUGACUUCGCUGCAAACCGGUGAUGGACACAAUGGAUAUUACAGACUGUCAUUUUUCCUGAGCGCGUCGCUAUAUAAAGGGACUGAAGGCGGGUCGACAGCGAGAUAGAUCACCUUUUCCUCAUCUGUCUAACAUGGAUCCCUAUAACUACCAAUCAACACAGCCCGGAGGCCAGCAGGCCAACUACCGGCACUCCUUGUCGUCUACGACUGCCCCGCCAUAUCAGCCCUCUCACGGAGGCUACCCAGCAGCUCCGCAACCUGUCGCGUACCCCCAUCCGUCUACCCCAUACGCGGUGUACCCGCAGGCAACCGGCAGCCAAAUGGCAAUGGCUCAAGCAGGUGAUCCUCGUAGUGGAUACGGUGGACAAGCCCUACGAGAAUUGCCGUUCACGACUGGGCACCAGGCAGGCAUGCAGCCGCAACUCCAGGCACACGGCGCAUAUGCAAAUAUGCAUCCGUCAGCAGGGGCGCAGUACGCUCAUCCGUACGCGGCAGCGGGAGCGCAGGCAGGGUAUCACCACGGCUCAGCGCACCAGGCAGUCCCCACGGAGACAAGGUACAUCCCCACUCCCGCGCAAACCAUGCAAUCCUACCAGACGCUGCCUUCGCGCGGCUCCGCGCUCGCCCCACCGAAGUCCUCCCCCUCCCCGGGCGUCGAGCGGUACGCGUGCGAUAAGUGCGACCGCACGUUCUCGCGGCCACACGACCGCAAGCGGCACCACGAGAGCCAACACCUCCAGACCUCCCAUAGUUGCCAAUACUGUCGGAAGGAGUUCAGCCGCGCGGAUUCGCUGAAGCGGCACCUCGACAAUGGGUGCGACAAGAUGCCUGUCUCUUGAUCGGCGCGCCGCACGUCCGGCAACUUAGUUGCUCGACCAGGUCUGCUCGACUCGUAUAUGUACACUGUAUCCUAUCUUAGCAUAAAGACGACAUGUAUUGCUGCUCCGUUGCCUAUUGUAUCUUGGACACUCACUCGACCGCUGUCUGUAUCACCGCGACUGCACCAACUGUACUCUCCGCUGCCGAAUAGAUCUCCUGGGCUACGCAAGGCAUCCCGAUUCAAUCA